AUGACUGUCAUCACUUUCACUGUCUCUGUGCUGUGCCUGCUGCCUCAGGCGGUGCUGGCCCGGUGGGCGUGCGUUCGGGCCUGUCCGGCGUCCUGCUCCUGCACCCAGGAGAAGAGCUGCAGCGUGCUGUGCGACCGCUCCGGCCUGGCUGAGCUGCCCAGAGAGUUUCCCUGCGAGGCCUCCGCCAUCAACCUGGACAAGAACAGGCUGAGGUUCCUGUCGGAGAGGGCUUUCGGUACCCUGCCCUCCCUCAGGUCUCUGUCUCUGGACCACAACAACAUCUCCUUCAUCACUCCCGGAGCCUUCAAGGGCCUCUCCAACUUGGUGGAGCUGAGGAUGGCGCACAACGACUACAUCAGCUACCUGCACACACGAGCGUUCACGGGGCUGAAGAGGCUGGUGCGCCUGGACCUGUCCGACUGUAACCUCUUCAACAUCCCCGACCGCAUCUUCAUAGAGCAGACGGCGCUGAAGGAGCUGCUGUGCUUCCAGAACAACUUCCGGAGGAUCCCCGGAGCCAUCAGGGGCAUGGAGAACCUGACCCACAUCUACCUGGAGAGGAACAAGAUAGAGGCGGUGGCCUACAACUCCCUGCUGGGCCUGGGUAGUCUCAAGUACCUGAAUCUCCAGGAGAACCGGAUCAACGUGAUCCACGACCAGGCCUUCCAGGACCUUGUGCGGCUGGAGAAUUUCUACCUCAAUGACAACCUACUGUCUAAUCUGCCCCGGCUCGCCUUCAAGGGCCUCAGCUGCCUCAAGAUGCUCAACCUUGGGGGGAACCAGUUGACCAACGUGUCCAAGACCUGGUUCGGUGACCUGGUGGAGCUGGAGAUCCUGUACCUGGACAGGAACCAGCUGCUAUACAUUGAGGAAGGCACUUUUGAGAACCUGACCAGCCUGAUCACGCUGCACCUGAACAGCAACAACCUCACCACCCUUCCCUUCCCUGUCUUCCAGCCCAUCUACUUCCUGGGCCGCCUCUACCUCUUCAGAAACCCCUGGGAGUGCGACUGCUCCCUCGAGUGGCUGAAGGAGUGGAUGGAAAGCUACAAGCUGGUGCGGGACGUCCCCUGUGCCUCACCUUCCUCUGUGGCGGGACUGGACCUGAGCGAGGUGGUCUUUGCCAAGGUGAACGGGACGUGCGUGGACCCUGGGGAGCUGAACCUGACCACGGCCUCCUCAGAGAUCGCCUCCACCACGGAGAACCGCUUCAACAGCCUCAUCUCCAAGCUGCUCCAGCAGGAGCUCAGAGAGGAGAUGGGGAACAGCACCGAGAGCCUCCGCAACGGGACCCUGCUGGAGCUCGAGGAGGGGCAGCUCUCUGCAGGGGUCGGAGGGCAGUGGGCCCAGGCAAGCCAAUCACUUCUCCGCUUCAUUGUGGUGUGGCUCGUCUUUGGUUCCAUCGGCCUGUCAGAUUUGAACGUCUGUCUUUAUUGCACAUGA